AUGAGCACGAAGCAGACGAUCGCUGUCGUUUGGGCAUCUGCAGGUGGUCUUGGAGACGUGGGAAAGCUGGCAGCUAUGCAUGCAAAGCGCCGAGAUGGAGUGGAGUUGCGGGCCGUCGCCAUCUCGGAGGACGGUCAGGCCACAGGCAUUGAGACCACGGAGGUGGUACCGGUGUCGCGGCGGGAAACCCUGCAGAAAGAGAUGGAAGGCGUCGAGAUCUUAAAGCUCAACAUCUCAGACAACAACUGCCGGGAGCAACUUGCCACAGUUUUCCAAGGCUGCGAUGCAGUGGUCGCCUGCCCAGGUAGCCGACAGAGCGGUAUUGCGUGCACCUGCGCCAUCGGUGCCCGCCAGAUUGUUGCCGCUAUGCAGCAAGCGGGUGUCUCACGGCUGGUUGUGCUUUCAUCCUUCGGUAUCGGUGAUGACUACUUACCAUGCAGCUGUAUUGGAUGCUUCUGGAGUUGUUUGUUGGGAACCGCAUUUCGCAGCACGAAACGCGACCUCGAGCAGAUGGAAGAGAUCGUUUCCAGCUCUAACUUGGACUACCUCUUGGUGCGGCCCCUGGGUGUCGACCCGGCUGAGCUGCCCCGGAACUCCUACAAGCUCGUCACUGCAAGAGGUCAGGGCAACCUGCCCAUAACCGUUUCCAAGGAGGAUGUAGCUUUGUACCUUUUCGAAGAGGCAGUCGCUCCCGCUCAUUCGAAGAUGGGUGUGACAAUCGGCAAAGAUGAUGCCGCAAAGAUCGCGGAAUGA